CCCAAGACAUAUCCGCCUCUCAAAAGGGAACGUGUUGGACUUUUGCUGUCGAAGUUCAGUAAAAGAAAGAGCUGCCUCUUUUUCUGCUGCAGACAUGAACGCCAGAAUACGAGCUGCAACAAAGGAAGACUGCAAAGAAAUAUCUCGGAUGAUAAUGGAACUGGCGGUUUUUGAAAAAAUGCCUGAACAAGUGAAGAUAACCCAUGAAGAACUGGAGCGUGAUGGUUUCUGCCAGAAUCCCUUCUUUGAAUGUCUUGUUGCAGAAGUUCCUGAAGAGCAUAAAUCUAAGCAAGGAUAUACAGUUGUCGGUUAUGCCCUGUACUUUUACACAUACAGCACGUGGAAGGGAAGAUCAGUUUAUUUAGAGGACCUCUAUGUGAUGCCAGAGUUUAGAGGAAAUGGGAUUGGUAAGGGUUUACUGUCCAAAGUUGCAGAGGUGGGAAAAAAGAAGCAGUGCGUACGGCUGCAGCUGUCAGUGCUCAACUGGAAUUCUCCCGCUCGAGAUUUCUAUGCUGUGAAAGGAGCUCAGGACCUCACCGUCACUGAAGGAUGGCACUUUAUACGCUUUGAUGGACAAAGUCUGGAUGAUUUGGCUAAUGAAGCUCCUAAAGAUUAGAAGCUUGCCAAGAAAAAUGUACUUUAUUCUGUUUAAUUAUUUUUGUCUUUAACCUUUUACAAUGCCAUAAUGAUUGAAUAAUAGACUUGGUUUUUAUCUGUUAUGUCUUUCCUGUGGGUCAGCAAUUUUCUCCAAUAUGUCUCCAGAAUAAUCUAGUGAUGCUGGUGAAGACAUCGAUUGAAUACACCUGAAUAUAUAGUCCAUCCCAGAUGCAACACCAUACCUAUCCAGUAGGUGACAUCAGCCAACUACCUUUUGAGACAUCAUGCUCUUUAAAGGUGAUGUCUCAAAAGGUAGUUGGCUGUAUUUCACUCUUUUGAUCUAAAUCUCUUUGUAUUGAGUUCAGUGGAAUGUAAAUGUUAGUAACAUAAUUGAACAAAAAUAUUAGAAAAGAACUGAGUGUUAGUCAGGGUACAUUAUAUUUAAUUGUGAUUAAAUUCAACUCACUGUCA